AGUAGGUCGCUUUUGGUACUUGAAAACUUUCAGGUGUCAUGAGUUCUCAAUCUCAUCGAGAGUGUAAUGGACACGAUUGUGAAUUGAGAACACGGACAACUCUGUUUACAGACUUGAUUGUUAACGCUACCUACGGUCAACUUUGAGUGAUGAAAUUGGAAGACAAUGAAGGGCAUGGAGGAGCCGAAACAUCCAGCAGGAAAAGAACAGCAUCAGAGUCUAAGAUUGAUGAGAGCCCAACAGACAGGAAGAGGAGUAAGGAUGGGGAAAGGGACAAAAAAGAGGAAACUGAGCUGAAGCACAAGUCGAAGCACUCCAGUUCUAAGCAUCCUCGUAAACCUCUGCAGGAGCCGAAGAUCACAAGUUCUGGGGGCUUAAAAGCUGUCUCGGAGAACGACCAUGCAGAUGUGAAGACCAAAAGUGUAGUCAAGGAUGCAUCACUACCUUCUGAAAAGAACACCAUUGACUUAAACAACAAUAUCUCUGCCAUGCACACGGAAUCAGAUGAGAGGAAAGUGACCAAGACUGAGUUACAGGAAGUUGACUUGUUUGCACCAAUUGAGCAUUCAGAUAUGGAGAGGUCUGACAAAAAAUCCAAAAGAACUGGGGAUUCACAAAAAGAUAACAAACACAAGCACAAAUCUAAAAGUAGCAAAAAGGGACACCACGGGACAGACGAGAGAAAUCCUGAGCAGAGAAAAGUUGGUGAAAUAUCAGCUAACAGUUCCGAUGGCAACUCUAAAAAGAGGAAGAGCAAAGAUUCAUGUGAAACUGAUGUUCUACCGACAGGUGACAGUAAAAAAGAAACUGCCAUAAAAAAGGAGAAUGCCAAGAAAGAAAGGGAGAAAAAAGAUAGAAGUGGUAAAGACACAAAGACAACCGAUGAAAAGAAACGUAAAAAUAAGCCAGAGGGAAAAGAGGAAUCUAAGAAGAAGAAAAAAGAUGGAGAUGAUGGGAAGACCAAGAAGGGUGGGAAAAAAGAAGGGGAGGACAGUACAUGGAAAUGGUGGGAGGAAGGUAAUUCCAACAACGGGAACAAGUGGACCACGUUGGAACACAAAGGUCCACUUUUCCCACCAGAAUACGAACCGUUACCAAAUAACGUGUCUUUCUUUUACAAUGGGAACCCUGUAAAACUGACUUUGCCUGCUGAGGAAGUAGCCACGUUUUACGCCAAGAUGCUGGACCAUGAGUACACAACCAAGAGUUCCUUCCAGGAGAACUUCUUCACCGACUGGAGAGAGGAAAUGUCAGUAGAGGAGAGGGAACAGAUCAAGAAGUUGUCGAAGUGUGAUUUCACACACAUCAACAAGUACUUCCUGGAUAAGUCUGAGGAGAAGAAGGCUAUGACUAAAGAACAGAAACAGGUCCUAAAAGAGGAGAACAACAAGCUGACUGAGGAGUAUGGCUUCUGUGAGCUGGACGGUCACCGGGAGAAGAUCGGGAACUUCCGUGUGGAGCCUCCGGGGCUGUUCCGUGGCCGGGGAGAACACCCCAAGAUGGGCAAGCUGAAGAAGAGGAUCCAGCCAGAGGAAAUCACCAUCAACUGCAGCAAAGGCUCCAAUAUUCCGGUGGCCCCAAAGGGCCACAGGUGGAGGAAGGUGCAGCAUGACAACACAGUGACCUGGCUAGCCUCCUGGGUGGAGAACGUCCAGGGAAACUUCAAGUACGUCAUGCUCAACCCCAGCUCCAAACUCAAGGGGGAGAAGGACUGGCAGAAGUACGAGGUGGCUCGUAAACUCAAGCUUAAGGUGGAGACCAUCAGGAGGCUAUACCGUGAGGACUGGAAGAACCGAGAGAUGAAGACCAGACAGAGAGGAGUGGCUCUCUACUUCAUCGACAAGCUGGCCCUGCGAGCGGGGAAUGAGAAGGAGGAGAGUGAGACAGCGGACACGGUGGGCUGCUGCUCUCUGAGAGUGGAACACAUCACCCUGCACCAGGAGAAGGGGGGCCAGGAGUUCAUGGUGGAAUUUGACUUCCUGGGCAAAGACUCUAUUCGCUAUUAUAACGAGGUGCCUGUGGAAGGCAGGGUUUUCAAGAACCUGAAGCUGUUCAUGGAAAACAAGGAGCCUGAGGAUGACCUGUUUGAUAGAAUAAAUACUACCUACUUGAACAAGCACUUGAACCAGUCCAUGCCGGGGCUGACAGCCAAAGUGUUCCGAACCUUCAACGCCUCCACCACCCUGCAAGAACAGCUCAACAAGCUCACCACGGCUGAUAUGAGUCUGGAGGAGAAGCUGCUGUCCUAUAACCGAGCCAACAGAGCUGUGGCCAUUCUCUGUAACCACCAGAGGGCAGCACCCAAGACAUUUGAGAAAUCCAUGCAAAACUUGCAGGACAAGGUUGCGCAGAAGCAGCAACAGUUAGAUGUGGCCAGGAAGGAGCUGAAAGAUGCCAAAAAAGAGCACAAGAGGGGCGGAACUGAGAGGACCAGGAAGCUUGUUGAGAAGAAGGAGGCUGUGGUGAAGAGGCUGGAGGAACAGCUGAAGAAACUCCAGCUGCAGAUGACUGACAGGGAGGAGAACAAGGUCAUCGCUCUGGGCACAUCCAAACUCAACUACCUGGACCCCAGGAUAUCAGUGGCCUGGUGUAGGAAAUUCAAUGUGCCAAUCGAGAAGAUUUACAACAAAACCCAAAGAGACAAGUUUGCUUGGGCUAUUGAUAUGACUGAAGAAGAUUUUCAGUUUUGAGCUGUGUCGCCCUGUCAGCAAGACCGAUUUUGCGUUGUUUCAUUUCCUCUGUUACUCAUUUUUAUGUUCCCUUUAUAAUUUCAACUACUUAGGUCUUUAUUUGUUGUUGGUUACUAGCAGUGUUUGUUUUCUGACUUGACAACGCGCACAUUGGUGAGAAUUAAUCAGUUAUAAUAGACAAGGAACAUUUCGUGUUUUAAGAUUUGUUUCCUUUGUUAACAAUUGUAAAUGUAUGAAAUAAAAUACCUUUUCAUUGAUA